AUGUCCGAACUACCAAAGGAACGAGUUGAGAUCUCAGAACCAUUUACGUACAGCGGUAUGGACUGCUUCGGCCCGUUUGUCACAAAGCAAGGCCGCAAAGAGCACAAAAGUCAGAUCGACUCUGUGUUGAUCACAGUAUGUGGCAGUCAGAUCGACUCUGUGUUGAUCACAGUAUGUGGCAGUCAGAUCGACUCUGGGGUUGAUCACAGUAUGUGGCAGUCAGAUCGACUCUGUGUUGAUCACAUCAGAUCGACUCUGGGGUUGAUCACAGUAUGUGGCAGUCAGAUCGACUCUGGGGUUGAUCACAGUAGUGGCAGUCAGAUCGACUCUGGGGUUGAUCACAGUAUGUGGCAGUCAGAUCGACUCUGGGGUUGA